CUACAACUACAAAAACCAAUAACUCUUUUCUUCUCUUCCUUGACUUGUCUCAUUGUUUGCAACUAAUAAGUAAUAACCAAACAGCAUGGCGUGCUCUUGUCUCUGCUCCACCAAAUCCCUUAUCUUCCUCCUCUUGGUCUCCGCCAUCCCCAUCGCCUAUCUCGUCUCUCAAGAGCUCGCCGAACCUCCCACCCACGUCUUCUUCUACCACAGCCCCGGCUGGCUCCGCGAGUGCGCCAAGUGGGACACACACGGCCGCCGAUUCCUCGUCUCCUCCUUCUCCGGCGGCGUCUCUCAGGUCUCCGUCCCCAACGACGACCACCACUCUCCGGCCACUGUUCUCGAAGAAGUCCCGCUCGUCAAAGAGGCCGAGUUGGCCGGCAAUGCCUCCCUCGGACUCGUCAUCGACUCGCCCAGGAAUCGCCUCCUCGUCGUCGCCGCCGACGUCAUCGCCAACCGUUACAGCGCUUUGGUGGCCUAUGAUUUGUCCACGUGGACGCGCCUGUUCCUCACCCAGCUCAGCAGUCCCGGUGGUGGGAAAUCCUUCGCGGAUGACGUGGUAGUGGAUGCAGAAGGUAAUGCCUAUGUUACUGAUGUCAAAGCCAACAAAAUCUGGAAGGUUGGAGUAGAUGGGAAAUUGGUUUCCAUUAUAAGAAGUCCUCUCUUCACCGCCAAAAAAUGGUACAAGAACUUGGUAGGACUGAAUGGGAUUGUUUACCACCCAGAUGGAUUCUUGCUAGUGAUUCAUACUUUUAGUGGAAACUUGCUCAAAAUUGAUUUGUCAAAGGGAGAGGAGGUAGUUAAGGCAGUUAAGGUAGUUGGAGGUCCUUUGACAUUUGGAGAUGGCCUUGAGUUGCUAUCUCCAACAAAACUUGUGGUUGCAGGCAGCAACCCUUCUGCCCGGUUAGUGGUGAGCUCCGACGGGUGGGAGACCGCCUCACUCGUGGCCACGUUCUCUGGGCUGAAGCACCGCGUGGCGACUGCGGCCACCGUGAAGGACGGAAGGGUGUAUCUUAAUUACCUUAUUGGUAUGGGGUACCCCAAGAAGAAGCAUGCCCUUGUUGAGGCAGUUUUCUGAAGUGAAGUACUUAAGCGGCACAGAAGAGAAAGAAACAGGUCUAAUUCAGAUGUGGCAAUGAAUCUGUUUUGCCUACGGAAUUUUGAUUUUGUAAUCCAUCAUUAUCAGUUAAUAACAUUGUUACUAAAACAAAUAAUUCGUGUCAUGUUUUAGGUGUUGGUUCAUUGAUUUUUUUUUU